AUGGUGCCUUUGGGGCCUCUGCCCAGGACCUGCUGGACUCCGCUCAUCUCUCUGCUUCUGAUCUGCUGCCUGCCGCCUCCAGGAGCCCAGGGAGAGUUCCUGCUUCGGAUGGUGCCCCGGAACCCGGUGGUGCCUGCUGGAGGGUCCCUUGUGGUAAAUUGCAGUACAGAUUGCCCCCAACAUGAACUCAUCAGCCUGGAGACAUCCCUAUUGAAGGAGGAAGUGGGCACAGGCCUGGGCUGGAAGGCCUUCAGGGUCAGCAAUGUGACCAGUGACAGUAAGAUCUUCUGCUCCGCCAUCUGCAACGGCUUGCAGAUGUCAGACUCCUCUGACAUCGCAGUGUACAAGUUCCCGGAGCAUGUGGAGCUGGCACGCUUGUCCCCCUGGAACCCUGUGGGCAAAAACUUCACCUUGACCUGCAGGGUGGCAGGCGGGGCACCCCGGACCAACCUCUCCGUGUUGCUGCUACGUGGGGAGGAGGUGCUGAGCCAGCAGCUGGCGGUUGGAGAACCUGCAGAAGUCACCACCACGGUGCUAGCCAGCAGAAACGAUCAUGGUGCCAAUUUCUCUUGCCGCUGGGAACUGGACCUGCGGUCCCAAGGCCUGGGACUGUUCCAGAACAGCUCAGUCCCCAGGCAGCUCCGAGCCUUCGUCCUGCCAGGGACGCCUCCGCAUCUCUCGGUUCCCAGGUUCUUGGAAGUGGGAACAUCCCAGGCCGUGACCUGCAUCCUGGACGGGCUGUUUCCUGCCUCAGAGGCCCAGGUCCAACUGGCGCUGGGGGACCAGAUGCUGAAUGCCACAGUCGUGAGCCACGGAGACACGCUGAAGGCCACGGCCACAGCCACGGCGAGCGCGGAGCUGGAAGGGGCUCAGGAGAUUGUCUGCAAUGUGACCCUAGGGGGCGAGAGCCAGGAGACUCGGGAGAACUUGACCAUCUAUAGCUUCUGGGGGCCCGUCAUGAACGUGAGUGGGACCAUCAGGAACGUGAGCCAGCCCACCGUCCAUCAGGGGACCACAGUGAAUGUGACUUGCGCCGCCGGAGCCCGAGUCCAGGUCACGUUGGACGGAGUUCCCGCUGCAGCCCCGGGACAGCUCGCCCUGCUCCAGCUAAACGCCACGGAGAGGGACGACGGACGCAGCUUCUUCUGCAGCGCCGCCCUCGAGGUGGGCGGGGUGGUCCUGCUCAGGAACAGGAGCGUCCAGCUGCACGUACUGUAUGGUCCCAAGAUUGACCCAGCCAAAUGUCCUCAGCACGUGAUGUGGAAAGAGAGAACGAUCCAAAUCCUUCGGUGCCAAGCCCAGGGCAACCCAGAUCCCCAGCUACAGUGUUUGCACGAAGACUCCAUGGCCCAGGUCCCCAUCGGGAUCCCAUUCCGUGUCAGGCUAAACUAUAGUGGUACCUACAACUGCCGGGCGGCCAGCUCACAGGGCGAACACACUUUCGUUGUGGUGAUGAAUGUUCAAGAGCGGAACCCCCUCACCAUUACCAUCAUCUUGGCGGUGUUGACCACCCUGGGCUUCGUGGCUGCCAUCCCGGCCUCAAUUUAUGUCUUCGGGGUGCACAAGCGUAGAGACAUCUACCAUGUGAAUAAGGGAAACGCCGGGAUUCCUCUCACACCUAAAAGGCCUGAGGGGGAGCCAUCAUCUUGA